AUGGGUCGUCCGGUCACUGGUUUUAGUCAAAUAUUGCUACAAAACGGAAAGGAUGUCGUCCUCGCAAGUCAUGGGCCCGUUUGGGCCAGCCUUAGACGGGUUGCCCACUCGGCGGUCAGAAAACUAGCCGUAAGUGAGAAGUUGUCUGAUUUGGCGGACGAUGUGGUCAAUGAAACCGUUGAGACAAUGAUUAAGAAUGAAGGCAUCGGUAAACCAUUUAAUCCCAAGACAUAUAUCUAUAUGUCUGUCAUAAACAUAAUCGCGUCGUCGGCUUUUGGCAAACGAUACUCUUUUGAUGACAAAGAACUGAAGUUUUAUGAGGAAAGCUUUGAGUACUUCAGAGCCAACACUAAUAAAUUAGCCCUAACUGACCGAGUUCCUAUACUCAAACCAUUUUAUGCCAAUGUGGUCAACAAAACCGAACAAACAAUGAAAGGACUGUCUAUGAGUGUAAAACAGAAAUAUAUGGAUCGACUGAAAGUGCACUCAAAGGGAGAGAUCCAUGACUUCUGCGAUGCGCUCAUUGAAGCCAAAGAGGAGGCCAUCGCUGACGAGAAAGAGAGCGCUUCCGCCUUAACUGAUGUCAACCUCUCACUGGUUAUUAUGGAUUUAUUUAUAGCCGGUACCGACACAACACAGUAUACGAUGCGAUGGAUUAUACUAUUGAUGGCAAACAAUAUAGAAAUGCAGUUAAGAAUGAGACACGAAAUCAAUGAUAUUAUCGGCGAUAGAGUGGCAGACUAUCACCACAAGAAUGACUGCCAUUAUGUCAAUGCAUUCAUCGCUGAAACUCUUAGGUAUAAAGGGGUCGGGCCGUUAGGAACACCACACGUGGCUCUCUGUGACUAUGAAUUAGAUAAGGACAGCAAAUACAUAUCAGCCCUCCCGGGGUUCACACCCUUUGGAAUCGGACGGCGUAUAUGUUUGGGUGAAAAGCUGGCGCUCGCGGCCCUAUUCUACAUAACUGUCCGCCUAUUGAAGUCUACUCCAGACUAUGUGUUUGCGUUGCCAUCGGGUGAGGGAACGGCUGAUUUAGAGCCCGACCCUAAUAUCUCAUUUCUUCAUAGAGUUCCCAAACCCUAUGAGAUAAUACUUAAAAAACGAUAA